CCAAUGAGGUGAUUGAUUGUAAGGAAUUACUCAAACAGGAGAAAAUGCCAUGUUACGCACACACAAAACCUCACGUCAUUUCCGCAGAUGCUAUUCUGCAAACUUGGUAUCCCGACUAUGUGGACCUGCCACAAGGACAGGUAACUCAACACAACUGGAUCGAUAUUCGGCCAGGAGUUAUACGGAAAAGGGAAGUUACUGCGAAAGACUUGAGCAGGAUAUCGCAGUGUGUUGGUUUCAACUGGGAGUUCAUUGCAAUAGAACUUGGGCUCGCUCAAGCCGAUAUUGACCAAAGCAAGAUGGAUUACAAGGACAGAACAGCAAUGCAGAUCUACCAGACGCUGCUGAAAUGGAAAGCUCGUAAUGGAGCAAGUGCGAACAUUGAAACAUUAGUGAAAGCCAUACAGGCUAACACGACAGUCGAGGCAAAUUGGGAAGUUAUAAAGAACGUGGUUGACAAGAUUUACGAUUAAAGUCGCGAAAUCAAAUCACGAGGUGGUGAAUUGUUAAUGAUAAGAAAUUUGUAUUAUAACAGUUAUAAGAGGGUUUUUUGUUCCUUGGAAUGUCUGAGUAGAUCUUUGAAGGAAGUUUGAAAUUGUUAUUUGAUGAAAUAGAUAUUGUUUACUGUCCCUAUAUCAAAAUAAGUGUUUUUAAUGCAUUCACAUCAUUACAUUGUUCUUUUUUUACUGAAUAUAACCAAGAUCAUUUGCCUAUGCAUGAAAACAUUCGGCAGUGGUUGUUUUUUUUUCCCGUUUGGAAAUUUAUCUUUGUUCAUCCAGUUUAUCUUUGUUCAUCCAGUUAUGAAAAUUUUGACUUGUGAAAUCAGAGAUUUUAGUAUAAAACAAGUUGCAACAACUCAGAAUUUUUUUGAAUUUUUUUUAUAUAUUUUUUUUUUGAAUUUUUUAUUUUUUAAGUAAUUAAUUUCACUUAGGGAAAAGUUGGGAGUUUUAUUUGCUUGAGAAAGGACCUAUGUACCAAAUUAUCUUAAAGAAAAGAAAAAACCACUGUCUGAUUGCAUUUUUUAUUUUAUGACAUUUUAACAAGACACAUAGAUCAGGUUAAAAAAAAAUUGAUAAAUUUCCGUGCCUCAACUUUUACAAUUUUUAUACAAGAUCUUCUUUUUUGAUAACAUACUUGUUCAGGAAAAAAAACCAGGUGAUCAUGAAUAUAGAUUAUUCAAGAAGGGAACAUAUAUAUCAGGGUAUUUCUAAAGUAUAUAAAGCUAGAUAUCUCAGUGCUUUGUCAUCUGCUUUCUUAGUCGUAGCUUUACUGUUCAUGCUUGUAAUAUAAAGUACAGUAACACCUUCACUUUUUGACCCUUUAGGAAGAAAAUAAAUUGUUGUUGAGGAGAGGUAAGCCUCUCCAUCGGUUCAAUUUAUUGUAAAAUUGUACUUUUUAUGAAAAUUAAUAAUGAUGUUGUAAAGAGGCUGUUACUGCACUGUAGAUAUGAAUGCAGCAUUGAAUCAAAAUUGUAGUUUCUGACCCUAACAAAACUAAUUAUCUUAAAUGGACUUGCCCAUCUUUCAGUGUCAAUCUGGACAACCAUUAUAAGCUAAUGUGCCAGCUGGCCUAGUUCUUCUUUAUGCAUAUGCCAGCUUGUUUAUCUCUUCUUUAAGGAUGAGCCAUCUGGCCUUGUUCUACUUUACUGUUGUGCCAGCUGGCCUAGCUCUACUUUACUGUUGUGUCAGCUGGCCUAGCUCUACCUUACAGAUGUGCCAGCUGGCCUAGCUUUAAUUUACAGAUGUGCCAGCUGGCCAAGUUCUUCUUUAUGCAUAUGCCAGCUUGUUUAUCUCUUCUUUUAAGGAUGAGCCAUCUGGCCUUGUUCUACAUUACUGUUGUUGUAAGCUGGCCUAGCUUUACUGUUGUGAAGCUGGCCUAGCUCUAAUUUACAGACAUACCAGCUGGCCUAGCUCUACUUUACUGAUGUGGUUCAGCUGGCCUAGCUCUACUUUACAGAU